AUUAUGAAAAACAAAGCAUUGAACUGGCUGAAGCAAAAAGACGUGAAAUAAUCCAAACUGAAAAAUAUUUAUUAGAGGAACUAAACUAUAAACACCAUCUUGGUGCAAUCUAUACAAGUAGACCGUUAGAUAAUUUAAUAAAACAAUCUUUAAAUUAUAGCACCUUUAGUUAUCCCUAA